AUGUCGGAUCGAAGCCGCACCACACCGCCUGUUGCAGAGGCACAGCUCGCAGAGGAGCCCUCCAAGGUAGCAACCUGGGGCCUGCUCAGCGCCUACGGCUCAUACCAGAGUUACUAUGAGACAACCAUGCUUCCUGAUACCCCCACGGACAAGAUUGCCUGGAUCGGCACUAUCCAAGGUGUUCUGCUCAUCAUGGGAGGCAUUAUCACCGGCCCAAUCUACGACCGUGGCCACGUCCGCGAGCUCCUCGUCGCAGGCACGCUCCUCACCGUGCUCGGCGUCAUGAUGCUGAGCCUCGCCACCGAGUACUACCAGAUCAUGCUUGCUCAGGGCUGGUGCGUCGGCAUUGGCAGCGGCAUCCUCUACACCCCCAGCAUCGCCACCGUGGCCGCGACCUUCGGCCCCCGGCACCGUGCGCUCGCCGUUAGCCUCGCCACGUCGGGCACCGCCGUGGGUGGCAUCCUGUAUCCUGUCAUCUUCGUACGUCUGCUCCCCUCCCUAGGCUUUGCCUGGACUACCCGCGUCCUCGGCUUCGUCACCCUAGCCGGGCUCCUCGUUGCACUGCCCAUCAUCCUCCCAAGUGCGACCAAGGCCCGCUCCACCGCUGCUGUUGCCGGCAAGGCCCGCAUGCUAUUCGACCUGACUGCGCUGAAGGAGCCCAUAUUCAGCGUCUUCUGCUUUGCCCUCUUUUUCAUGUGGGUUGCGUACUGGGUCCCCUUUUUCCUGAUUCCCACCUUCGCCGAGUUCGCCCUUGGCGCCUCGGGCCCAUGGGCCUUCCACCUACUCGUCAUCACCAACGCCGCUACGCUGCCGGGCCGCCUGUUCGCCGUCUUCAUCAUCCAGCGCAUUGGCGUAUCGGGCGGCAUGCUCGCAUGCGCGGCCGCGUCAGCGCUAGUGCUCUACGCCUGGCUAGCAGUCCAUAGCAUGGCCGGCUUCGAGGCGUGGAUCGUCAUGCUCGGCGUCGUCAUGGCACCCCUGGCCGUCUUCUUCCCCGCCAUCAUCCCACAGAUGUGUCCCAGCAGGGAGGUGAUCGGGGCGCGCAUGGGCAUAGGCUCGGCGGCGGCGGCGUUGGGCGUCAUCCUCGGGGCGCCGCUGGGCAGCGCACUGGUCGACCUUGAGAAGGCCGAGUUCUGGAGGAUGGAGGUCUUUAUUGGCACAUGUAUGGCGGUCGGAGCUGUUCUGAUGACUUACGUCUGGUGGCAGCUGCGGAGGCAGUUGCCGAAAUAA